GAAAGCUCCUCUGUGGCAACGAUGGAUCCUUUAGAGAACAACUUGUUUGAUCUUCCUGAUUAUGAGAAUACAGAAGAUGAAACAUUCCCACCUCUCCCACCUCCUGCCUCACCAGGAAAAGACGAUGUUGAAUGGGCUCAAGCUAAUGGAGAUGGAAACCAGCAAUCGCAAACAAAGGAUUCUGCUGUAGCUACACGGAAAGCAGUUAAAAGACAGAUGCCGAAGCUAGAUGCCCAUAGGUUAAUUUCAGAAAGAGGACUUCCAGCACUAAGACACAUGUUUGACAACGUAAAGUUCAAGGGUAAAGGGCAUGAGGCAGAGGACCUGAAGACACUCAUACGACACAUGGAGCACUGGGCUCAUCGACUCUUUCCAAAAUUGCAAUUUGAGGAUUUUAUCGACAGAGUGGAGAUGUUGGGAAACAAAAAGGAAGUUCAGACCUGCCUCAAGCGGAUUAGACUUGACCUUCCUAUUUUACAUGAAGACUUUGCAAAUAAGGAAGAUAGUGGAGGGGAAAGCAAUGGACUGGAUGCAACGGCUGAAGAUGAACGUACCUGCUCUGGAAAGGCAGAGGAACUCAACUCUCUGCCUGGUGCAACCCUCACAGAAGAACAACAAGAGCGAAUCAAGAAGAACAGGCAGCUGGCCUUGGAACGUCGGCAGGCAAAGCUGCAGUGGAACAGCCAGUCCCAGCACAAUGAGCUCUCCACUGGUUUCUCAGAAGAGGAGUUUAACACCCCAGCUGAUCAGGACCCUGCUGACCUCACUGAAGACACUCAAGUUAGUACAGCCAUGGUUACUGUUACAGAAGCUAAGAAUGGAGAUACAGAAUCGGACUAUGCCAGUGAAAACCUGUAACCCUUCUCCAUACUUGGAAUGACCUUGACCAAAAGACCUCAAUACUUAUGUUUCUAUUGAAACACUACUGGCUCUUAGCAUUUCGACUCUAGGAGCUUCAUAGCUUCAGUGUGACAUCAGUACAGCUGGAGAGAACUCUGCUCUUGAAGCUGCAGAUGAGCAACUCCCUACACCACAAAACAGCUCUGCAUCCUUUUUCCUACAACAUCCUUUACGAAAUACUAAUGAUAUUUUUAAAAUCUACUUUGGGUUUUGUUCACAUCUGUCAGACUAAAUGAAGCGGGAUCCUGACAGGUGAAGUUUCUAAUAAAGUUGUAUUA